GUUGAACCUUGGGCCCAGCCCUCCUUCCUUUUCUGUCUCACAUGAGCGGCAUCAUUCAUCGUACUUUCUUCUCGUUUUGGUUUCGAUUUACUUUUAUUUUAUUUUUUAUUUUUUUAAUCUUUUAUCUUUCAUCAUUUCCCUUGUGGCCCUACCAUCCCACCUUUCCCUCUCUUACCUUACAUUUACUUUUUAGUUACAUCUUACUUUCUACCUACCUAUGAUACUCCCCCAUACACAUCCACAUCGAAUUCUCACCACCCAUAACUGGUCUCCUGUUCUAGCAUACCAUAGCAUACAUAUCACGGCAUAGGGCGUCUAGCGCAUGACUAAAAAGUCUGCUCGCCUGCACCGUCCGCUUGUUUGCUUGUUCCGGUCAUCCUACUAUAUGGUGCAAUUCUUAUCAGCCUAGCAUGUACUCCUGGGGAAUAUCUUGAGCACCUAUCCCUCCGAUUCGGCGGGCAGGCGGAAUAGACGACAGCACUCUCCGCUGGUUCGCUUUCUUGCCCUUGCGUACUCUUGAUAGCCGAGUAUUUUUUUUAAUGAGUUAUCCUUAUCCUAACGGCAUCAUGACAGACAUUAGCGGCCCAGAUCGUUCAGAUCACUACGCAUAUCCCGUAGCUGGGAACGUCUUUUAUCGGCCGAGGUCCUCAGAUCGGAGGCACCGAGCAACUCCGAGCUUGCCGACUCCGCAUAUCCGACCACGUCCGCGUCGACCCCAGUCUAUCCACAUCGUAUCUUAUCCAGCUGGUUACACUCCUCCUGACUUAAGACCGUCUGCUUUCACCAAAUCUAAGCCGGCCAAGUUCAAGAAGGGUAAAAAUAAAGGAACGGAAGCUAAAAAGGAAGACGGACCUGGACUAAAAAGCUCAUCACGACGGGUAUUUGAAAAAGUAUUGGGACCUUUAAAGUUACAUUUUUCGCAAUACGUCGCCACCGAUAGUCCUACGUCACCAACUUCCCCCAACGUCGCCAACGCCCCAACCGAUUCGAUACCGAGACCGAGACCGAAUCCUACGGGUGUUCUACGUGCUCGACCGCAUUCUAUGCUUGCUUUUUCUCCUCCAGGUGCCUCCGCGAUGCUAGGGACACCUGCUUUAUCGGGGCCAGGACGGUCUCCGAUUUUAACACCAGCUUCGCAUAACCCCCACAGGAAUAGCAUCAUCUCGGUACGCUCCGCCAAGAGUAUAAUGAGCUCGGUGACGGAGGUACCAAAACCUGUUGCUAGUGGGAGCGGGGUUGCGUGCUCAAUAAUAUUAGCGGAGCCAAACGUCUUUCUUACGGGUUUCGAGCACGAUGGCCACCCGCGAAACGAUGCUGCUAACUCGACUGCACUUUUAAGAGGCAAAUUACAGUUGAAAGUGUCCAAAAACGUGAAAAUUAAGUCGGUUACCCUCAAGCUUCACGGUAGAGCGAGGACGGAAUGGCCUGAGGGCAUCCCCCCGCUAAAAGUCGAGCAAUUUGAAGAGGAGUCUCUUAGAACGCAGGUGUUGACCUUUUUUCAUGCCACGCACGAGACAUGGGAGACAGAGUUCGGAAAUCAGUGCGCAUAUACGUUACGAAACACAGCCGAUUGCGCUACUGCCCGCCGUGCUGCGUCCCCUACUCAGUCGACAAUAUCUUUAGCGCUUAAGAACAGACCUACCGCACAUCUGACGGCUCGUGAUUAUAAGCGACUAUCGUUGCAAUCGGUCCAGUCUCGUAGCUUUGGAAAAGGAGAUAGCCCUAAUCCUAAUGUUGUGCAGCCAAAGACAUAUAAAGUCUUUUACCCCGGCAUAUAUGAAUACUCGUUUGAACUACCAAUUGACCACCACCAACUUGAGACUACUAAGCUACAGUUUGGAUCGGUCAAAUGGGAAUUAGAAACGAUAGUUGACCGGGCCGGUGCUUUCAAGCCGAACCUCCACGGCUCAAAAGAGGUGUGUAUCGUUCGGGUUCCUGACCAGUUAUCUCUUGAGAUGACGGAACCUAUUUCCAUCAGUAGACAAUGGGAAGAUCAACUUCACUACGACAUUAUGAUAUCGGGGAAGUCUUUUCCUAUUGGCACGAAGAUACCCAUCGCAUUCAAGCUUACUCCAUUAGCCAAAGUGCAGGUGCACAAGCUGAAAGUGUUUGUCACCGAGUCCAUCGAAUAUUGGACAAAUGAUCGUCGAGUUACGCGGAAGGAUCCGGGGAGGAAAAUAUUGUUAUUGGAGAAAUCGGCAGGGAAGCCUCUUGAUAAGCAGUUUGAUGCGUCCGAAGUGAGAGUUCUGAGUGGUGGCGAACUUACACCCGACCAAAGACACGAAGCGCGACUUGCCGCGCAACGGCGACGUAGUGUAGAGGCUUCGAGGGCGCACAGACUACCCGAACCGUUACCCGACCCAUCGGAUAAUCUACUAGGAGACUUGGAUUUGGGCCUAGAGUCUUAUUGGGGGUCGACAGAGAUCGAGAUGAACGUCCAGAUUCCAACAUGCGAGCAAAUGGCCAAAGAUAAGAGCUUGCGGUUGCAUCCAGAUUGCAGUUGGAAGAAUGUUAAUGUAUACCACUGGAUUAAGAUCGUGAUGCGUAUCUCUCGUCUCGACCCCGAAGACCCGGCGGGUAAGCGACGUCGGCAUUUUGAGAUCAGUAUCGAUUCACCCUUCACCGUGCUGAACUGCCGAGCUACCCAAGCAAACACCGCCUUACCCGAAUACUCAGGCGCCGAUCAGCCUAUGUAUCGCCAGCACGCCAGCUGUGGAUGCCCCGACGCCGAAAUUCUCGCGACGAACCCUAGCCCUGCGUCUAGUACUGGCACGAUACCUUCGGUUGACGCCAACAACAUAAGUGUUGCGACCACCGACUCCCUUGGUAUCGCACCGCCGCCUGCUGCCCACCUACAACAACAUCCUGCUGGUGGCUCACAGCCCGUACAGCGACAAUCAAACGCGCCAAGUGCACCCCGUCCGAUGCAUCUCAUGAGAUACCCAAGUUUCAACCCUCCUGCAUUUGACGACGACGAUCCACCGCCACCCAUGCCUACGCCUCCGCCGCAGUAUGAUACUGUCGUCGGAACACCUAGUGUGGAUGGCUUAGCCGAUUAUUUCGCAAGGUUGGCCGAUUACGAUGACGGUGAUUCAGAUAGUGCGGAUGAAGGACUCGGCACGCAUGGCAGGCUUACGGAGCGAAGUGGGAGAGUCAACGUACCUCAUCCCAGAACACCGGGGGGCAGGCUAGUUCCAAGCAGAAGCGUAGAAAUCCAACGACCAGCAUUACCUAUGACGCUGACCAUGGCUGGUGGUUUGUUAGAAAGACGAAGUUAAUUGACCCUUAUAUCGAGAGAAGCAUUCAAGAGGUGUAUUAGUGGAGGAGUCCAAAUUUUUUGAGCUAGGUCGACUAUAAUCAUCAUUCUCGGCAUUGGAGUAUUGGUUUGAUACCCAAGCAAGGCAUUUUACGAAAAAGUUGCAUUCGGAUUAUCAUUAGAGAACGGCUAGGUCUGGGGAGGUACUCUUUUUAAUGAUCGAGAUGCGAAGGGUGGUAAUAAAAUGAUGAUAUUGGCCGAAGCACGAAGAUUGACGAUGUAUAGGAAUGGGUUUCACAAGAUGGUGUUUGGGUUGCAUCGGUGCGUAAAUGCAUUGCUCUAUCUCUGGACUCUCGCGAUUCAUUCCCCGACUUAGAUUGCGGUCUUAGGACGCGAGAUGGCAUGGUGUUACAUAUCAAUAUGAGGCAGUACUUAUGAAAAUUACAGCAUCCAUUUUGCAUUAUUUAUUUGUAUUGCGAUCUACUUCGAUGUGUUGUUUGAACUACCUGAGAUACCGUGAUGUAUAUAGCUGCGACAAGUCGCAUUCCCCAAUGGUUCUAGGAACGGUACCACACAAGUUCUACU